UCCCUCUAUCAAUAAGGGGCCCAUGUUUCCGUGACAUGGUCAGUGUGGAAUGCCGCUUUUAUGAUGUUGUUACCACUACAGUUAGAGCUGCUGGAAAUGGCGACUCGCUUAGAGUGUGCCAAAUACCGUACCUUUACAGGCGUGGUUAUUUGAGAAUCGACAUUAUUCUUAAUUACCCCAACGCUGCUCCCAUCGUUCAUCCAUACCACUGGCACUACGUGUACGAACUCGAGAAUUUUGGCCGUUCUCAAAUGCUAGUUGCCUCAGUCGAAAAUUCUGGUUCAGUUUCAUUGCAAUGGACUCCUUCCUACUUUGGUCACCCUUCGAUGCAGCUCCAACUAAACCUCGUGGAGUUGGACCUCUUUUCUGGAGAAUGGGAAGACAAAGGGGUGCUCAAGAACUUGGUUCCCAACUCGGGACGUUAUGUCGGCCAAGUGGAUAAUGUCGGUCUCCUCCAAGAAGCAACCGCAACUUUCCUCCUUGUCCUUCGACCUCUUGCACAACAAUUACCUCUAUCACUCAAAUACCUUCAUUCUGAGGCACAGUACACAAAUUAUGGCAAGACUGAAGCCGCAUACCAGCGACUUUGUAGCGAAUGGCAUCAAAGCGAUAAUGGUCCACCAAGGAAUUUAGAAAUAUGUCCCCCAUUCUACAGUCAAGCUGUUCGCGAUGGAAGGUUCUGGAGAGAAUCCAUGCCCAGAGAUGUAUUAAAUUUUUUCCACCCCGGAGCCCACCAUUCUUUUUUGCAGAGCAAUCCAAAUUCUGCAGGUGCCGGUCAGCAAUGUGUUUAUGGGCCCAGCCAGAUUUUGGUUGGAGCCCCUGGGGGAGGGUCGUGCGAUAGUGCUAGUCGUCUUAGUCUUACUGGAUAUGUGCGCCACCACCAACUAGACGUGACCCCCUGGUAUUUUUGUUGCAAGUAUUCAGGAAGUGCAGACUCAUGUCGACGCUAUUAUGAGAAACGUCCUUCCAAUUCGGGCGCUGGUUAUGUGCCCCCACGACCCGGAAGCGGGGGUGGAGAUCCGCAUAUGACCACAUUUGAUGGGGUGGAUUAUACGUUUAACGGGGUUGGAGAAUUUUGGAUGAUUAAACCUCGAUCUGGUUCACCCUACCCAAGGUUAUCUGUGCAGGGCAGGAUAGCAGAGUUGCAGGGAACAAAUGCCUCCAUCUUCACAGCAUUCGCUUUCAAGGAGUUUAUGAGUGCUUCGUCCUCUGCAUCAUACACCGUAAAGCUUGACAGUGACGGCUCUCUUCGAGCACUGCAUGUCUCAUCGGGGCGUCCAGAACCGGUUAAUAUUUCCAUUUCCGACAUUCCAUCCGACUGGGACACAUCCGACGGAGCACCGUGGACCAUAUCCGAUGAGACCAAUACCGUCUCAAUUUCCCUCUUUGUAACCACUACGAACAAUGUGAGACGGGUGUCCAUGGUCAGUCUCACCUUCACCUCUGGCUUCUCCUUCUCCAUCAGCAUUCUUUCUAUUAGUGAAAAAGCACUCAACAUUUUGAGCAGCGCUGAUAUCUCUGCGUCCACUAAAGGAUACACUGGACUAUUUGGAAAAUAUGACAAUAUCACAACCAACGAUCUAGAGGGUCAAGACUUAGUAGUGACUGCACCUGAUGCUAACCUCGAAGUGAUACACAAUGCGUUUGGAAUGACAUGGUUGACAAAGGAAGUCGAAACUGUGUUUGUGUAUGACGAAGGGGAAACUCAUUCCGACUUUCCAGACACAGACUUCACACCUUCAUUCGUUGAAGUGAAUAUUGACGACGUCCCCGAAGUCAUUGCAGACUUGUGCGGCGAUUCUAAAGCUUGUCGCUUCGAUUAUGUUAGUUCCGGUGGCGACUAUUCCUUUGCUGAAGGCACAAAAGAGUUCGUAGAAGAAUUUGAAGAAGUUAAAGAAGCUCAUGACCUCGUGCUGAUAUUUUGCCCCGAACUGACACCCCCAGAAAAUGGAUACUACACCGUUCCCAACUUCCUCAACGGGUCAAUCGCCACAUUCUCCUGUGAUGGGAGCUACAUUCUCGACGGUUCAGAAGAGUUGGUGUGCAACGAUUCUGGAGCAUGGUCAGGUUCAGAGCCGAAAUGCGUUUUCAAGGACAGGGAUAUCAUCGUUGGAGGAGGAAUUGUGCCAGUGUCAUCCUCACUCUUGAUUAUCUUGUCGAUAGGAGUCUUACCAAGAUUGCUGCUCCUGUAAAAUUUGUAAAAUCAUUUAUUCACAAAGUUUUAUCUAUCUCUGUAAAUAUAUUUCACAAAAAUAAAUUAUUUUAUAAAUGCAUAAAAA